UUCGCGAUGAUUUCGAAUGAUUCAAUUGCAUUAGUUGUGCGUUUCAUUGAGGGGGCUGGCAUUGCAUUUGCAUGGGUUGGCGGUGGUUCGGUGGCUUGUUGAACGGGGCAUGGUUGACGCCUUGGGACCGGCACCAUUGCUUUCUUCUCAAGUUUCUUUUUUCCCCCUUACUAUUUUUAUAUUCUCCUUUCAACGGUGGUGUGGGACUUCGGGGGCAACGGACUGGAAAAUAUCAAGCAUGAUCGGCAACUGCAUAUCGAGACCGAGACGAUUACGACGAGACGGCCGCUUCUCUUCAUUCAUCGGUGGCGGAGACGAGUCCCCAUCGUGCCAUUUCCAUUUCCCCCCGACCGGUUGCGACUUUCACAAACGUGCUUGUGCAUACAAAGCAGAGGGCCUGCCUAUCAAAUCCACCAGGUUUGAUUUGUGUUUGAAGCGUUUCGGAAGAACGCAUGGUGGCAGACUCGUACGGGUGUAGUCACGAGAACCUUAGGCUCAUACGCUUGGGGUUCUGUCCCAACCUAAUGUCACCAUAUUCGCUUCUUUCCAAGCCCUCGUCAGCCAGAUGUCAAGAGCAUUUCCUUCAUGGUUUCCUUAUGGAUGUUUCGAAGUUGUUAGAUUGCAUGUUGUGGCGUACCCUUUCCUUACAUUUGAGAUUCCCGUUCACCCCAAAUU